GGCCCAUAAGUUUGUGCCAAGGUUUACAGUGUGUCGCUGUAAAUUGCGCUUAUUUAAAGCGAGCCUGCCAUUGCAAACCACUUUGAUUAAGUUUGGGGAAAAUGGUCAGGGAUUUUCAUUAAUAUCAAUCGGAUCUGAGGUGUCUCGAUGGAAUGCUAAAUGCCCCAAGUUUCACUUUCGAAUAUCUGCUGGAGGAUGAUUCCAAAACCUGCUUAGGUGAACUGAAAGAGCCUUGAAGCUGGAGGUCUAGGUCUUCUACGUUAUCCCCUCUAGUGCGAAAUGAUCAGUUCGAUAUGUCAACCUAUAACGAAAAUAUUGCGAUGGAGGACGUUGACCAUCAGUUCCAUUCCUCACUGGAGAUCAAGAGAGAACAAGCGAUAUGGGUUCGCCAUGCCUACAAGCAAUACGGAACUAAGAAGAAUCCCUUCGUGGUCCUGGACGAUCUUAACAUGACCGUUCCAAAGGGAAGCAUUUACGGACUUUUGGGUGCAAGCGGGUGCGGAAAGACGACGUUGCUGGGUUGUAUAAUUGGAAGGAAGAAGCUAAACUCGGGUGAAAUAUGGGUUUUGGGUGGAAGACCUGGUUCGCCUGGGAGCGGCGUUCCAGGCGCUCGUGUGGGAUACAUGCCGCAGGAGUUGGCACUUUACGGCGAGUUUACCAUCCGCGAAACCUUGCACUACUUCGGCGGAUUAGUCGGAGUGUGCAACAAGAAAAUCGAAGAAAGAUUAAGUUUCCUGAUAAAUCUGCUGAUGCUACCACCUGCGGACAAGCAGUUGGGUGUUCUUAGUGGCGGUCAACAGCGGCGGGUAUCGCUCGCCUCCGCUUUGAUCCACGAACCCGAGCUGCUAAUUCUGGACGAGCCCACCGUUGGCGUCGACCCAGUUCUCAGGCAGAUUAUUUGGGAUCACUUAGUAAAUAUUACCCAAACCGGAAGCACGACCAUCAUCAUCACUACUCACUACAUUGAUGAAACAAGGCAAGCUCAUUUAAUUGGUUUAAUGCGAGGGGGACAUUUCCUAGCAGAAGAAUCACCGGCGGCCCUUUUGGCACGUUUCGGCACCGAUAGCUUGGAGGAAGUGUUUCUGCGAUUGAGCGUCAAGCAAAAUUUGACGAACCAAAACGGAAAUGGGGUCGUUAACGAAUCGGCCGAUAUAGAAGGUAUGCCGAACGGUGAAGCGCCGAAGGGCUUCGGAGAUACAGUCACUAGUAGAUCUAAGGGACAGCACGUUAGGGCGCCGAUCGAUCUGACGUAUGUGGAAAAGUCGACCUUCGACAGGUUGCAAUUGCUCCCGUCCAUACAUUGGAAUCAUAUUACGACGCUGGUGUGGAUCAACGGACUGUGGAUGUCGCGAAAUUUCCCUCUCGUCCUGUUCGUUGUUAUGUUACCGCUCGUACAGAUGUCGUUGUUCUGUAUGGGGAUAGGACUCAAUCCGAAAGGCUUGACAGUGGCGAUUGUCAAUUACGAAACGGGGAAUAAUGUGAACUGCGAUUCCACGCUGCAGUGUAAUAGCACAACGCUCAGUUGCAGUUACCUUAGCUACUUGGGGAAAAAGGAUGUCAAAUUCGUUUACUACGAAAGCGACUACGAGGCGACCAAUUCGGUACUCAAAGGCAAAACGUACGCUUCCAUAGUAAUCAAGUCCAACUACACCACGGCACUGCAAGCACGCAUCGCAGAAUGGCGCGACGCGGAACCGUGGGAUAUCACAGCAAGCGAGAUCGAUGUGCUACGCGACACCACCAGCAAAGACAUCGCCACAUUCCUCAAGAUAUACAUGUACGAGAGCUUCCGGGAUUUCAUCGGUGGAUAUUUGGAAUCGUGUGAUUACAGUCCGCGCGUGGUUGCGGUACCAUUUCAAUGGAAAAAGCCGGUGUACGGUUUAAAUUAUCCCAAUUUUACUGAUUUCGUUAAUCCAGGAAUGAUCCUGACGACCAUCUUCUUUUUGUCCGUUGCGUUGACAGCCGGUGCGAUGUUAAUUCAAAGAAAUCAGGGCAGUAUCGAAAGAGCUAUGGUGAGCGGGGUAACUCCCAUAGAGCUCUUAAUUACUCACAUCAUUACUCAGUUCGUGCUGAUGAUGGUACAGCUGACAAUCGUUCUGGUGUGGUCCUUUGUGAUAUUUGAACUUACUCUGAAUGGAUCCGUACUUUUAGUUACUUUACUCUCCAUUCUGACUGGCUUUUGUGGGAUGUGUUUCGGAUUCGCAAUAUCGUGUGGAGUUGAUUCCGAACGGAUGGCCACGUAUACUGCACUGGGUAGCCUUUUCCCUUUGGUGAUGUUAUCUGGAAUUGUGUGGCCAAUUGAAGGCAUGCACUAUCUUUUGCAAUUAUGUUCAAUUUUUUUGCCACUAACAAAAGCAACCGAAAGUUUGCGAAGCAUUUUGCAGCGAGGUUGGGGAAUAACGUCGCCAGUUGUGUACAUGGGAUUUAUAUCUAUUACAGUUUGGUCCUUAAUAUUCCUAUUAUUUAGUAUAGUGUUAUUAAAAGUGAAAAAGGGUUAGCUUUAUUAAAUUAUUUUUACAUUCG